CCCUUGUGUUCCGCUGACGGCCGGCUGCCGGCACGGCGCUUUUCGCUCACGGUUGUUAUUUUUUUCCGGCUCGUUCCGACGCUCGAAGGCACGCCGAAUAAGAACGCAUCUCUGGCAGCUUAGGUGAGAGCGCACUUCUUUUACUCCAACAUGCCCGGAACGCCGAAGCACAAGGAGAUAGUGCUCGACACGAUCGACCAACUGCGAAAGCGCAAAGCGCGACCGGACUUCGAGCGCAUUUGUCACAUGCUCUACCGGCGGCAUGGGCUGAGCAAAUCGGAGGUUCAAGAGGAGCUCGACCUGCUCGUCGACUCCGAGGCGGUGAUCAAAGUGGACUACAAGGGCAACACGAGCUACCGCAACGCCGCGAAAUGGGUUCGUUUCAACAAGUCCCUUUCAUCGGACACCGGCGCGGCCGCGGCUGCGGCCGCUACUGCGGUCGCUGUCGGUUGCGGGGGCCCGCAGGCGACCACGUUCAAGGUAAGCCGCGCGAUCGGCGACGCCGUACGGGACCUGUGGUUCGCGAGCAAGAAGGACGCCGGUGUGUCGCCCGCCGAACUGGACGCCUACUUGCAAGCGAGGGACUUCAAGUGCACCAAGGGAGCGCUCGAACUCGGGAUCGACAAGGAACUGGCGUCCGGACGGCUCGUGCGCCUGCCCAGCGGCAAGUUCGCGCCGAGCGAAGCGGAGAAGCAACGGGCCGCCAAACUCGCGGCGUCGCCCCCCCACAAAGUCCCGCCUCGCGUCGUCAAGCCGUUGUUGCAGCAGGCGUGCGAAGGCGCCGUCCCGCCGAUCGGAGGUGUGACGACCGCGGCAACAUGCUCGGCUCCCGCGAGCAACGGCGUGGUCAUCGUGCGCUCACCGACUUCGCCGAUCGACAGGACGUCGACCGCAUCAUCGCUCUCCUCGCCACCGAACGCCAAGCGAGCCAGGCCCCUCAGCAAGCGCAAGAGGAUCAAGAAGACGCAUGGGCCGGACUUCCUGGAGAACCUGGACAGCCCAACGAUGGACGUGACCGAGUUCUUCGAGGAAGACGAGCCGCACUGCUUCGUCUGUUACCUCUCCGUGCCGCCUACCAGCAACGACUACAAGUCACUGCUCAUCUGUCGAGACUGCAACACUAAGGCUCACCCUUCAUGCCUCAACUACUCCGCGGAGCUGGCUGCAGCGGCCCGGCUCGCGACAUGGCAAUGCGUCGACUGCAAAACGUGCUCGGGGUGCAGCUCGACUGCUGACACUGACGAACUCAUCAUCUGUGAUGGCUGUGAUCGAGGCUACCACAUGGUGUGCCACAGGCCCAAGCUGAUGCACAGGCCUCAACGCAAGUGGCUGUGCAAGGCGUGCUGCGAGGGCACGAAGAAGACUGCUGGUGUCAAGAUCAAAACUGAAGUGGACAACUCGGUUGGCCUUCCGACGCCAUGUGACUCCCCAGUCCCAGACGAAGAGCUCAAGGGCUUCGAUGGCGAGAACACUGACCUGUCAGCCUACUACAUAGCCCUGGACAAGUACCCCGACGUGGUUCCCGAUGCCAAGGACUGGUCUGUCGAAGAGGUCGAGAAGUUCUUUGUGCACAUCGGCUUUCCAGAGCAAGCGGUUGCCUUCAGGGACCAGGAAAUUGACGGCCGUUCUUUGCUCCUGCUGAAGCGUAGUGACGUCCUCACAGGCCUCUCUCUAAAGCUGGGGCCAGCGCUCAAGAUCUACAAUCACAUCAAGAGGCUACAGACGGGCCUGCCCAACGGGCAUCUCUGCUGAGACCCAACUGGUCACAAUGCUCCCAGUCUUUCUUUUUCUUUUUUAUUUCGGCGUCCAGAAGCGCGCGACGCCAUUGUACAUACAUAAUCCACAAAAAGAGGUAGCACUCCCGACCACCGCUGAAAUGUAAGCAGUCCACUGCGAGAUAAAGCGCGAAGACGGCCUCAUUUGCAAGCCACUCGGUGGUUGCAAGGGACUUUUUUUUUUUUUCUGUGCUUGUCACUUGUGUAUCCACGAAAAACCGCUGGGCUCGCAAAGUCAACAUCGACAAAGAUUGCAGUGUUGAUGGAGUACCAUCUGACGAAGUUGAAGCGGUGUUAGUCAAAGCAAGUUACCAGUUAGUCCAAAGGCACAAAGAUGGUUCAAGUGCUCCGGCGUGAAAGAGGGACGAGGCCAAAAUGGGAACUGGGGUGCCACUGCCAGGAACGUGACUGGCCAGAGCACCUAAGCUUAAUGCUUUAGCACUUGAUAGCUUUAACCAGAUGCCUUCCUUCUUAUAUUGUGUUGUUGUUAAACCAUUUUUUUUUUUAUACGCUGUGUUGUACAUGUACAUUUCUUGAGUUAUAGAUGAAGUCAUGUUGUUUGUUCAUUCUCAUGUGUCAGCUACAUUUUCGUUUUGCACAUUUCCCACAUCAUUCUUUUUUUUUCCUUUAUUGUUGCCGUAGUAGUACUUCACUUGUGUCACACCAACUUUUGCAAGUGCUUUUUAAAAUAUGUGGCACAAAGAACAGCCGACGCGGACUUAGAAGCUCAAACAGACGUUUCUUAGCGUCCGCAUAUGAGCCCAGCAUGUAAAAGCUUCUUGGUCAGCAUUGGCUGUUAUUAAAAAAGUUUUAUAAAAUUAUGCAGAUCUUGUAGUAACAACCGGCCUGUGGUACCAAAGCACAGAUACAUUCAAGCGUCGAACCUUUCAAAGGCCUAGACUGCUUGAUGAUGUCUAGUUGCAAAGUCCAUUGGAAACCAGUACAAAGGAGGACGUUUGAAUGGACGUCGUCCCGAAGUACAUUUUGCCUCCCCUCUGUCUCUAUUGGCCAGCCAUUUGAUUUUUUUCCGCAUGCGUUUGACCCGGACACCUGCUUAUUUCAUGAAACUUGAUUGGGUACUGCCCGUUUUAUAGUGAUGAAAGAAAGUUCAUGCUUUGACGUGACCAUGAAUAGCGUAGGGUACGUCCGCUUUCUUCUGUGAGGGAACAAACAACGCAACAACGAAAAAUAAGAAGAGACGUCAACAGACGGGCACCCUGUCAGUUGUCCUCUCUUACGUCCUGUUGCUGUGUUCUUUGUUUUUCUUUCUAAUGCACAGGCCAGUCCAGUUUGGCGCACUCUCGCAGUUUUUCUGGCGGAGUAGGCGGCACAGACGUUGACUGUGAGGUGCCGUUGAUAAGUUUACCCGAAAAGCAAAUUCAGUUUGCUCUGCAGGCCAACUGCAAAGUCUGACAGGGCAUUGCCCUUUUGCAGGGCACGUUACAGCUUCUAAAAAAAAAUUCUUAAGAUCCCUCCAGGGCCAUUGCAUCCUCAUAUCUUUAUUUUAUUUAAGCAUCGCAGCAUUUGUGCAUUCUUGGUCGUUGUGUUUCUUUUGUCACAUAAAGGUAUUCUGGGCAUGUGUAGUGUGACUAUGUUCGCUGGCACAUUGUAGACAUAGCAGAGUUGAGAUUUUCCGUGGCUGCAGAGCAUGUCUUUGGCUGUGUGUGGAACGCAGCAGUGUCAAAAUGCAUGCAAUGUCAUUGUUGUCUCCCAUGCAAAAGAAAAAAGUGCUUCGUAUGUGAAACAAGUUUGCUGCUGUGUUGUUGUAAAGCAUACUUAUGUUCAAGCUGUGCUUUGUUCACGCGAAAAGAACUGUCCAAGUUCAAAUCACAUACAAUCACUACAUGAGCUCAUGCUUGUAUGCUAAUUAAACCUUCUCAUGAAACUUACGCUAAGGGCAUUUGCGUCUCGCUUAGUAAUGUGAAACAGCUGCAGUUACCUAGUACUUUGCGACUUGCAUUUUUUGCUGAAUAUACCGUAUUUUCAUGCACGGCCGUGUACAUAACCUGCAAUUACAUUUACAAGUGCCAUAAAGGACAAAACAAAGAUAUCCCUCCCCUCAUUUCCACAUAGAACUAAGGCAAAUAACCGUACACAUUGUUAUGAAGUCGUAAGAAAAAUUAUACCUUUAUGUGGGGUUUUGUCAUUGUUCACUUAGUGUUGUAUGAAGGAGCAGCUUAAUAUGUAAGUCACACCCUUCACUUUGUAAAUAAAUUUCUUUGUCCUUUUUUUUUUUUUGAACUGCAGGUUACAUACACAGAAAUGCAGUAGGCAUGCAGCCAAAACGUUGCGUAUUGCCAGGUAGUGCAGCCACGGCUGGCAGCAUUGCAAUGCCUGGCGGCAUUCUGGCGAGCUGUAGUCAAUCACUGGUGCUUGUGGUGGAUUUCACCAGUAUAUAUCUGUACAGAUUAGAAGUUGCUUUAAAGGGCAUUGGUGUAUUUAGAGCUGCUCACUGUCUGCAACCGUUUUUUUUUUUUCCGAGACCGUUUAGCCAAUGUGACCCGUCACGUGUUGCGCAGUCAAGUUUCACGCAGGUGUUUUGACGCCGCUGAUGGUUAUGAGCGAGAGUCGCUUGCCGUGCGGUACUAGAUGCACUUAUGUGCUUUAUGCAGUGUUGUUUCAGCCAAGUCAGCCAGCUGCCUUACUCGGUCCAAUGCAUCCAAACUUGAAGCGUCUUUGAACGCUGAACUGUGUCGCGCGUGAUCCACAGCGCACACCGUUCAGCUUUGUACGCAUACUUGCAAUUUGUGUCUUUUAUCCUCGCAGUGUUGUGAAUAAUUGCGCCUAAAGCUCCGCAAGCCACUAGCAGCCACGACUGCGGCGAAUCCUCGAAUGAAACUUCAUUGCGUAACACGCGGUAAUUUGCCUUCUUUGCACGUUGGGGUUGGUUAUGUUGGGCAGGACAUCAAAGUUUGUGCAAUAGUUAGACGCGACGUAACUGCUAGGAUUGCCGCACUUAGCCUCGCGCAACUCAUAGCCGUAAGAGCGCUCAGACAUGUAAAUAUGGUGAAUACAUUGGCCAUCUUUUAGCAGGGGUCCUUGCGGCGAUGCAGUGGCCUGCAGAUAUGAUAGCAUAAUUUCAUCCCGUGAAGCUGAAAGCGACAUGGCCAGUUAGAAUCUAGUGAAUCAGCAUCUGUAUAUAACAUUCGUAUGACUUGGCAGAAACUACGACGUUGCUAUAACAGUGGAUGAACAUUAUUUUUGGCUUUCCCAAAGGAGCACUAGGUGCUCUGUUAGUAAUACGUUGAGUACCAAGCUUAGUUUUAUUUGUGUCUUUGCCUUGAGUGCAGUUCUGAAGCAGUUGAGUUAGCCAUUUAAUAAGAGCUAUUGUGAGUGAUCACAGCAUGACUUGAACACAGAUACACGUCGCAUUAAAAACAUUGAGCAUAUAUGUGGUCCUUUGGCAUUUUAGUUAGUAUACUCCUUUGUGUUCUGCUAGUGCUGAGAAGUUUCAUUGUGGAAUGCACGGAUAUUGCCCGAGUUGUGCAGCCAACAUUAACUUCAAUUGGUCGCUGUGCCUACGUGAUAAAGUUAAGUUCCGUGCAUGGCAAGAACGAAUGCUCGUAUAGGUAUUACAUCGCAGCAACGUGCUUGCCAUAGGACGAUGGCUCGGUGGUGCCGAUGCAUGCUAGCGUCAACACCCAGUCACGUGGACACGAUACCUACCAAAAUGCGAGGUGGGUGCAGUGAUUUGCUGGUCGUGCGUAAUAAUCUCGCCCACCAUCGACUACAAGAGGCGUGCUCAUGUGCUAUUCUCUUUUUGCGUUCGCAUAACGCCUUUCGUCGUGCAGCUUGGCUAUGCGAUCUACACAUGUGAGCAUGAUCACAUCUGUGCUGAAAGUACUGUCAACCUGUACAGAAGGUUGCAUAAGUAACAGAGCCUUAUAUAAGCAUCUCUCCAGGCUAGUUGCAAGCUCACCUUGUGUUCGUAUUUCGUGCAGAGGUGGCGUUUAGAUAAAUAGUUUGAGCACUGCACCCGCUUUACAUGUACAGUCUUGACCCCUUGCCAACACACUGCGCUCGCUAGCAUAGGUGCAUAUGCCAUGGAGAAGCUGGUAGGCGAAUCAUGUGGUAGUGGCUAUUUUAAGCAAUAGUGCUGUGCUUGAACUAAUACCAUUUCUUGGACGCAGUUCAUGUUCAGUUAUAAACAAAUCAAAACUAUACGCAUCUGUUCUCACGACACUCAACUGCAAAAGCUCAUCUUCAGCAGAAAGGAACGGCAGCACCCUUUUGCCCGGAAGUGGUUGCUCUUCCUUGAACCAAGAAAACUUUACGUUUUUCAUCAAGCAUUGAUGCAGAUGGUCUGCAACUUUAGUUCACUUCAGAUGGAACAGGCAUGUGCUGCAUCCGGAUUUGGUAUUAGAUUAUCACAGAAUGCAAAUUCCACAUGAAGGCUGAAUGCAAAGGAACAAUUAAGCUGGAAGAGCUCUUAUGCUGCAACUGUCUUAUCGCAGCAACAUACAGUAUUCUUGCCUGGACGUCGAAUUGCAAAGCUGGCUUCUUUUUUUGUUUUUGUUUAUUGUGUGCCAUUGAACAAUAUUUCACUUGUCCCUGUCACCUGCCCGGCGAAAGCAUUGUAUAAACAAGACAGACAUACAUGUUGAAUAAAGUUUGUUGAAUAAGUU